AUGGCACUUGGUAGUGGGUUCUUCCCAAGUCUACACCUAGAUCGAAAGGAGGUCGACUAUAAAGAUAAACGGGUAAUAGUGCCUGGGUUGGAGGGGAAGAAUAUUAAGCGUUAUAUCAUGAGUAGGGAGAGCCUGCGGGAUAAAUCAGUACCGUCGAAAGUGAAGGUAUAG